AUGCUGUCAAUGGAAGAAAUAUUAUGUGAACUUAGUAGAGAAGACAUGAAUAAUGACAAAGGUCUACCACCUGGUUUUAGGUUUCAUCCUACUGAUGAAGAACUCAUCACUUUCUACCUUGCCUCUAAGGUUUUUAACGGCACCUUUUGUGGUAUUCAGAUUGCUGAAGUUGACCUCAACAGAUGUGAGCCCUGGGAACUUCCAGAAGUGGCAAAGAUGGGGGAGAGAGAAUGGUAUUUCUUUAGCUUAAGGGAUAGAAAAUACCCAACCGGACUAAGAACAAACCGGGCAACAGGAGCUGGUUAUUGGAAAGCUACAGGAAAAGAUAGAGAAGUGUACAGUGCAACAAAUGGAGCACUCCUUGGGAUGAAGAAAACAUUGGUUUUUUACAGAGGAAGAGCACCAAAGGGUGAAAAAACCAAGUGGGUUAUGCACGAAUAUCGUCUUGACGGUGAUUUUUCCUACCGUUACUCUUCUAAGGAGGAAUGGGUGAUAUGCAGAAUACUACACAAAAUAGGGGAGAAGAAAAAUCCAAUAUACCAAGGUGCAGGACAAAACUAUGGCUACCCUACAAGCUUGAAAACAUGGCCAUCAUCAUCAUCUUUUCUUAACACAGCAGCAGCAGCAGCAGAAGCAGCUCCAAAUCCUAUAUUGGCUGAAACACCAAAUCCAAAAACCACAACAACUACACAUUGUCAAGAAUCAUUCCAAAUAUCACAAAACUCAGUGCAAUCACUGCACAACUUUUAUCUAUUUCACCACCAAGAAAACGACCUUAUGAAAUCCAUCUUCAACCCCAUUAAUGUUUCCCAAACAAACCUCUUCCCAAUAAAUAAUAAUGUCCUUUCUUCUGCUACCUCUUUUUCUACACCCCAAAGCACAAAAAAAUACAAAGAAGACAUAAACAAAAACUCGUCACUAUCAUCUGUCCUCUUUAGUAAUGCCCUUUACAGUUCAAAGAAAAAUGAAAAACAACAAGUCUCACUAAUGCAGGCUAACACAACAAUGAAAACAGAAGCCAGUUUUUCACCAUAUUCUGGUUGUUACAAUGACCAAAACCCUAGGCCUACAAAUUUUGGUAUGAAUAAUUCAUCAGAUUGGAGUUUAGUCGGCAUAGAAGGGAUGUAUUUUAAUGGUGGAUGUACUCAGUCUCAGAUGGUGUUGGAUCACAUGCAUUGUCCCAUCAAAAUCACUGCAGAAUCUUGGCCUCUCGAUCUCUAAAAAUAGAAGAUUUUGUUUUUCCAUAUAAUUUCUACAGUUAUGUCAUCCUCUAUAUAAUUAUGACUACUGUUAUGUCAUCCUCU